GUGUGUGCGUGUGUCAGUGUGUGUGGGAGUGUAUCAGACUGCACAACAGCAUCAUGGAAACAGACUACUCUAAGCGAGUGUACCAAGGCGUUCGAGUGAAGCAUACAGUCAAGGACCUGCUGGCAGAGAAGAGAUCCAGACAGACAAGUGGACCCAGAUACAGUGGAGGAGCGACCACUUCACCUUCAUUUGUCCAGAUGCCAGGAUCUCACAUGUUGCCCAGUUACUACGGCAUGAGGCGUCCCUUCAUCUCCGAGUCAGACUUCUGUCCAUCUGCCAAGCAGUUCUCCCCUGACAUCUACUCCUCCUCCCUCGGGGGUAAAUCUCUGGGCUGCGAGCCGUCCACAAUGAGCAGCUACUCGUCCCUCAUCGACAGCUACUACCCAGAGGCCUUUGGUGAUUACCGCAAUGCCACGGCCUUCUCCAGCUCUGGAGGUUCCUUCCUGCCCUCGUCGGCCCUGUCAUCCCUGCUGCCUCCCUUCAGUGGAGAGUCCUCACAUCUGUUUCUGAGAGACUCAUGGGAGCAGUCAGUUCCAGAGCCAGGAUCCCAGGUGGAGACUCUCUGUCCGGACAGCCUGACCGCCAUCAGUGUCCCACCCUCCAUGCCCAGCCCUGAACCUCCAGAGAGUCCGUCCCAAUACCGGUCCAACGGCCGAGACUCCCCCAUGUGCUCCAUCCCCAGCAGCCAGCCCUACACGCUGCACCCACUGGAGGACGCCCACUACCACUCUUUAACCACCAGCAGCUCCUACCCUGCUCCCUCCUCCUCCUCCUCCUUCUCCUGCUCUCCAUACAUGAGCAGCGACCUGGUGUCCAAGAUGGGGACUGAGGACACCGACAGCCACGGCAGCCUCCCGACCAACGGUGAGGCUCAAGCCUCGUGGGCUAAAGAGGACGGGGUGAGCCCGUGGUCGCCGUACGAGAUCAGGAGGGCGUACUGACAGGAGGACAGGCCACAGGUUCAGGAUUUAGACGGAGACGGAGGUUUCACAGACAGUUACACAGAUGGUGUAUGUGAGAUUGUGUUGAUAGGACAUUUUUAAUGCAUUGCCAAUAUAGUCUAUUUAUAUGUGUGUUGUUUUGUUUAUUUGAUUUAUAUGAAAAGAAAUUGAAAUAAUGGACUCGUUCUUGGUGUAUGAUAUGAAGAUGUGUGGUUACAUGUUACAUGUUACAUGUUACAUGUUACAUGUUACAUGUUAAAGACCCAUAAACAUUCUGUACACAGUUGGGGGCUUCUGUGGUUUCCAGUUGCUCAGCUAAUUCAAAAAAACAAAAAAACAAAAACAAAACAGAAUGUAGUCCUGUGCAAAGCUCCUAGAUCACCACUAGUGUCAUUUUAGCAAAGUUGUAUUUACUUUUCAGUCAAUUAAGAAACAACCAGAACACACUGGAAAAUAAAUCAUCCAUUUUAUUCUGGCAAAAGUCAGUGUUCAGUGUAACUUCCACUGGCACUUAUCUCUCUGAUCUAUGAUAACAGGCUUCCUUUUUGUUUUUAAAGAUUAAAGUUUAGGGUUUUUACUUCUCUCUCUGUGCAGGUGAUCCCAAAUACUGCAUCUGUACUACUCAGGUCUGGACUCUGGACUUUCACUGCAUUAGUUGACGCAGAAUUAUGAUGUCAGUCAAACUCUGUGAUUUUUUUGGUAUAUUUAAUGAAGUGAUGCGAUUGACAGUUGGUCUUAUAUAUU